AAAAUUGGGCACCGUGCCCCCUAGUUCAAAGCAACUGCUGUAAUGCCAGAUGGUCAGUUCAAAGAUAUCAGCCUAUCUGACUACAAAGGAAAAUAUGUUGUGUUCUUCUUUUACCCUCUUGACUUCACCUCUGUAUGCCCGAAGGAGAUCAUUGCUUUCAGUGAUAGGGCGGAAGAAUUUAAGAAACUCAACUGCCAAGUGAUUGGUGCUUCUGUGGAUUCUCACUUCUGUCACCUGGCAUGGAUCAACACACCCAAGAAACAAGGAGGACUGGGACCCAUGAACAUUCCCUUGAUAUCAGACCCCAAGCGCAUCAUUGCUCAGGACGACGGGGUCUUAAAGGCCAAUGAAAGCAUCUCAUUCAGGGACCUUUUUAUUAUUUAUGAUAAAGGUAUCCUUCGACAGAUCACCAUAAGUGACCUUCCUGUUGGCCGUUCUGUGGAUGAGACACUGAGACUAGUUCAGGCCUUCCAGUUUACUGACAAACAUGGGGAAGUGUGCCCAGCUGUCCGGAAGCCUGGCAGCGAUACCAUCAAACCUGAUGUCCAGAAGAGCCAAGAAUGUUUCUCUAAGCAGAAGUGAGCACUGGGCCAUUUUAGGGCCAGGCUGCAGCAGGUGGCCAUGAGAACAAAACCUCUUCUGUACUACUGUCAUGCUUAAAACACAAGAC